AUGGCAGCCCGGACGCUCGCACUGCUGCCACUGGCCGGAGCGGUGGCCUGGAGCGGCAACGCAACACUCACGCGCAUGCGCCACCAAGUGCGUGCACCUCCUGGGGGUGAGGCACUUGAAUUCAUCCCUGGGUCUAUGGACGAUACCAUCAUGGAGACGCUCGAGACAGGUGAUCUCAUCUUCUUCCAGCGCAAACUGACGGCUCUGCAGCCUCUGGCGGCGCUGCACACGUGGGUUACUCGACUGCAGCUGCGGCCGCGCUUCGAUCACUGCGGCUGGAUCUACGUGGACCGUUUGGGCCGCAAGUUUAUCGUGGAGGAGACGCUGGACAAGGUGCAGUGUCGUCCGUACAGUGCUCGACUAUUGACUUCAGAGGCCACGGAGAUUUCUGUGUUGACUCUAAAGCACGAGCGAUCCAAGGAAAUUCAAGAAGCUGCUAGUGCCUUCAUUGCCGACAAUGCAGGGCGCACAAGUCGAAUCUCGUUGCGUCACACGGUCUCGGCUCUGAUUAACCCGGAAGAAAUGCGCAAGCCAAGCUCUGAUGCAGCUCCUUCGUUCCCAUGUGCAGCUUUUGUCGUUGAAGCUUACGACGCAAUGGGGCUGGUCAAUAAGGACCAACUCACCAGCAGCCAGCCGCCGCUCUCGGCAACCACUGUUACUCCACGCGAUUUGGCAGCGAGCAAAAUCAAACUGCGGGCGCAAUCGGGCCUAGAGAAGCCUCCAGCUUUCGGUCGCUUGCUCCCGAUCAGGCUCGAGUAG